AUGCAUCGUUCUCUUCUACUCUCUUCGCUCCUUGCCAUGGAGGUUGCUGCACAUGGCUUCGUCAAAACCUUCACUCUCGAUGGAGUCGAGUAUGAAGGUUUCUGGCGUUGGAACAACAACCCCGACCCAAAGGCCAUUGGCUGGAGCUUCACAACUCCCGAUGAGGGUCCCAUUCUUGACAUAUCCAACCCCGACCUGAGCUGCCGACAGGAUUCGGCACCGGCCAAGAACUAUGGCCAAAUCGCCGCGGGCGGCAAGGCCGACUUCUUCUGGACCUCUGAGGACAAGGUCAUCAACCCCAACGGCUGGGCCGAGAGCCACCGCGGCCCCAUCAUGACUUACAUUGCCCCUUGUAACGGCGACUGCACCACCGUCGACAAGGCCUCACUCAAGUGGACCAAGAUCUACGAGGAGGGCCUCAUCUCCGGAACCGCCAACACCAACGGAGUUUGGGCCUCCGAUAAGAUGCGUCAGAAUGGCGGUAUCAACUCGGCCACCAUCCCUAGCAGCAUCGCCCCCGGAAAGUACGUCAUCCGCAACGAGAUCAUUGCUCUCCACCGCGCCCACAUCAACGAGCCCGAGUUCUACGCCCAGUGCGCCAACAUCGAGGUUACCGGCAGCGGCACUGACGACCUCUCCGGGAAGGGCGUCAUCGCCACCCAGCUGUACAAGACCACCGACAACGUCUUUGGAUUCGAUGUCUACAACGUGGGGAAGGAGACUACCUGGCCCAUUCCCGGGCCCGCUGUGUACUCUGCUGCUGCUGAUUCCGGAAAUGUUGGUAACGCUCCCAGCUCUACCAGCAUUGCAAGCUCUACCACUGUACCCAGCACUACUAUCUCUACAAGCACCGUGAGCUCUACCAGCGUUUCAAGAUCUACCAGCGUUGCCAGCGCCCCCAACACGGCCGUCGCUACAAGCACUGCCAGCUCUCCCAGCGCUACCAGCACUAGCAGCCCUGAUAACUCUGGUGACAACGGUGAUGACGACGACAAUGGCAGUGGGUGCAAGGGCGGUAGGGGCCGCAAGGGUGCCAAGUCCUUCAGAGCGUAA